AAGGUUUGCCAGGUCACAUACACGAGGUGGUUGCUGUUCGUUUGAUGCUGAUAUAGAGCAUCACAUGAAGAUUUCAACACAGCCACGACAUACUGUAACUCCUUGUAUACUCACCUUGUACCUGGCGUUCAAGAGCUGACAACAAGCGAUCUUUGGAGUUUAAGUACAAGAUAAAGUCCUUUACUCGUGAGUUGUGAGUCGUGACUGAGUCCGACUGUGAAGUCUGGCAGCAAGCAUUUACACUGUGUUCAGUGUCCACGAGUCCGGAGGGACGAGCAGCCGGAAGUCAUGGGCAGCGACAGUCGGUGGCGCUGUGUCCUGGUGUUGUGGACACUUCUAGGAUCCACUGAAGCUGGCUGGAUAAGUGGAGUCUGUAACAAUGAAACGGCUUCACCGAAUCAGCCACCGCAUCCAGACCUACCUGCGCAGUUUGAAGCGUUUGUGCAGUGCAACAUGGUGGACCUGAACCUGACGUACCUGGUGCACGAGUAUUUUGAUUAUCCCUCCAACAUGGGGCGCCUGACACAGAUGGGCAACGGUGCUAAAGGUGACCUCUACUACGACUACGGCAACAACGAGCUGCUCAACUUUGACAGAAUAAAUGGCGGCUGCAUGGUAACGAACAUCACCAGCGACGACAACAGAUUUCUUUUCGGGGUGAAGACGAAAGGCAGCGAGAAUCACAUCUUCUCCGCGGCGGGUGCGCUGCACUUUGAGCAGGGUACGGAGAGGUACCUGGGUACCGACGUGGUACGCGGAAUCCGGGUGGAGAAGUGGCACUCUUGCCAGUACAUGCCUGUCCUGGACGCAACGGUGAACGUCACGUGGUACUUUUCGGACAAGUCCGCAUGGGACACGGCCAUCGGCAAAAGGUCAGUGCCCGUCCGUGCCGUGGUGGUGGGGAAGAUCAACGAUGGCAACAAUGUUCGCAGUUUUAACCACAUCUACGAUUUCUUCCACUUCAGGGACGCCAUCAAUCCGAUGGACUUACAACUGCAGAGUGGCGACUACUGUCAGAACCGAGUAAAGCAAGUUCCAUUCCCCAAGCUGCCUAAAGUGUUCUCCAUCACCGGCGAGAAGAUAACAUUUUCCGACGAGUCAGUGAAGACGGUUGAGGAGCACUAUGACCAGGACAAUAAGUUGAACGUUUACCGUUAUCAGUCCCCCGACAACGCGGGCACACUACAGGGCGUCUUGGAUGUCACCGAAAUCAACGACUUCAACUCGGGUAUUGCCUACAUCAUCAACACCGCCACUGGAGUGUGUCAGAUGAAGAACAUCACCGAUGGGAGUUUCAAGUUUUCCUACGUGUCUGGGUCCAGUGGUUCCGUGAGGCAGCAGACGCCCACCGAGUUCUUCCUCCUCAACGGCACUAUUUCAUACUCAUAUGGAGGCGUGAAGACCCACCGAGGCAUCAAUUGUGACACCUGGAUCGGAGGGAGCGUCAAUCCAGACAAUGGACACAUCAUCAGACAGGAAUGGUGCUUUGCCACUACUGACUACCAAAACUGGGAGUUGCCAUCAUUAGGACUGGACACCUCAUAUCAAAUUCCCAUCCUCUUCACACAGUGGGAGGAACAAGACGACUCUCAGCCCACCUCACAGUUCAAUGGCUUCUCCUUUGACCUGGACCGGCCACUCAUAUCCAAACUUGAUGUCAGCGCUUGUUUCCAUGGAGCUCAGAGAAUAAACGUACGUUUCAAUGUUGAUGGGGGGUACAAGUCAGCCGUGACCUACAACAUUGAAAACUUCAAAGCGGCCCUCCGGAGUGCGGUCUCCCUCUUCCUGGGUGUGUCCCAGCUACAAAUUGCCGACAUCGAGGUGUACACUGGUGGCCAAAACAUCACGGUGACCUUUGACUUGCUGGACACGCCUCCCACAGCUCAGGACAUCAACUCACCAACAGUGUUCAACUCCCUGAACAAUGCUCUCUCCUUGCUCACCUCUCCCUCCACGGCAAACAACUUUGAGAUUUCUGUCGUCAAUGGUGUGACAGUGACCUCCAUGAGACCACUCAACAACACGGGCCGCUUAUUUUUUUCAAAUGGAACCUGCCUGGGCUGCGACUUGUUAAAUGCACCCAUUACCGGCUCUGCGAUUAGCAGCUCACAGAGCUCUGGAUAUUCUGGAGGAGCACUAGGUGGACUAGCGUUUGCCAUGGUCGUGGUGGGAGGAGCUUUUGGUACAGUUGGAGGGUAUUUCUUGUUUGGCCGACGAGGCCCACAGAGCGGAAUAGUCACUUUUCAAGAAAUGAUGAAACAAUGAUCUUAUCUCUUGUACUUGUCAAGUUCCAUUACCUCACCCUUUUGAAAUGCUCAUGAUGUACUACAGAAUAAGUAAAUUAAGUUCUCUAAGUGGAAGGUACAACAGUUUGUUCUUAAUUAAAAUUAAAUGUGUUUGAAUGCAAAGUAUCAUGUAAAAUUCAUUUGAUCGCAAGAAUUCAUUGACAUUUGUAAAGCUAUAGGGAUCUCUGUAAAAUAAUAUUUUCUCUGUUUCCCACAUUAUUAUAAAUACGCAUAAGGGAAUUAGCAUCAUGUUCUUAGAGUAAAGCUGUAAAUAAUGCAUGUUUUAUUUCUACUUUUACUAAAUAAGAUAUCUCAAGCAGUGCUCUACACUUCUGGUCCAUCACCUCACCUCCUCCCUUGUUUGUUCAGCAGUGAAAAGGUCUAUUCAUCAAUGUUAAAACAAAAUAUCUUGGCAGAAUCAACCAAAGAUAGCAUAAAAGUGUGCGCAGAAAGAUUCACAGAUAAACUGCUAAGAACAAAAAUUAUUUAUUCCUUUACACUGAAGGCUGUUUAUGUUGAUUGAAGUGGCUGCUAGGUUUACCAAGUAAAACAUAAGAAAGCUUUUUAACCUAGUAAGCUUUUUUGCUUGUGGUCACUAUGCCUCAUGCAAAUUUGAACUAGAAACAUGUGUAAAACUAUCUGAUUGACUAGAAAUUUUGCAUGCUCAUGUUUCUUAAUUAAGAGAAAAAUAAUAGAACUGAACAGGCUAAAAUUAACCUUAAGAUUUUUGUUUAAAUAUACUGUUAUUAUGAAAUAUUGUACAAGAAACUGUGUAAGACUCAGUGCUGCACACCCUUUAAUACAAUAGUACACAUGAUGAUCUUCAACAACACACUAAAAACCACCGACGGUAAAUAAGCAUUACCACUGUUGCAUUAUUAUGGGAUUGCACAGCAACCAGUCUUAGUUUAAACUAUGUGUCCCUACCUUUACACUGUUAAGUUACAGAAUAUUUCAUCACUGUUUCAGUUUCUUAUACAGGUGUC